AUGGUGAAAAUACCGGGGCACAUUACUUACGAUGGCACCUCGGACCCAAAGGAUCACAUUGCCUCUUACGAGGGGCACAUGUAUCUUAACCCCAGGUCCGAGGCGACCUGGUGCAAGUAUUUUCCAACAACCCUCAAAGGUGUUGCACAAUCGUGGAUCACCAAAGGAGUAAAAGAAGGCUCUAUAUCUGGUUGGAAAGACCUUUCCAACAAAUUCAAGAGAAAAUUUUCCACGGCUAACCGCCGAGAAAAGAUAACUGCAGAGCUGAUGAGUCUGCAGCAAUCGAAGACCUUGGAGGAAGCUUUGGAUGCCUCGGAUAAAUUUAUCCGAGCCGAAGAAUGGAACAAGGUAAAAUCUCAGUCCCAACCAGGGACUGAGAAAGCUAAAGGACAACUGUCCGAAGGCCCAACAUUGAGGAAAGGGAAGGCCAAGGCCUCAGAUUCGUCCUCGACUGCCGAGCCGGAGAAAGAAAAUUGUGUUGAUGCAGCUGCAGCUAUAGGAUUAGAUCUUUCCCAUAAUAAACUAAGUGGGAGAAUUCCCUCACAACUUUUUAGCCUUUCUACCUUGUCUAUGCUACUUGAUCUAUCUAACAACUGCCUAGUUGGGUCUCUCCCGGAAGAAGUAGAGCAAUUGAAUAAUCUUGAGGUGCUUAAUGUUUCUAUAAACAUGCUCUCUGGUGAGAUACCAAGCUCCCUUAGUAGCUGCAUUGCGUUAGACAUGCUAGGGAUGGAGCUGCAAGUACUUGAGGGUGCAGUACCUAGUGAUGGAGUCUUCAGCAAUCUAACAGCCUUUUCGGUCCAUGGAAACAAUAGGCUCUGUGGAGGGGAACUAAGACAUCUUCCAAAUUUGUCGUACCAAACCCUUCUUAAAGCCACAAAUGGCUUCUCUGGGGAAAAUUUGAUUGGCAGUGGUACAUUUGGGGUUGUGUAUAAGAGAAAUUUUGACGACAAUAUAUCAACAGCUGCAAUCAAGGUAUUCAAACUCGAGCAUCAUGGUGGUUGCAAGAGUUUUAUGGCAGAAUGUGAAGUCCUUCGAAACAUCAGACAUCGGAAUCUUGUCAAGGUGAUAUCAGCUUGUUCAAGUGUUGAUUAUCAAGGAAACGGUUUUAUGGCUUUGGAUUACGCGUACAUGGUGAAUGGGAGUUUAGAUGAUUGGUUGCAUCCAGCAAGAACAAUAAGGAGGCUUCAAGAUGCACCAAGGACCUUAAAUUUCCGCCACAGACUUGAUAUUGCAGUGGAUGUUGCAUUUGCUUUAGAGUAUCUUCAUCAUAAUUGUGGGGCAUCUAUAGUUCAUUGUGACCUCAAACCAAGCAAUGUUCUCCUUGAUAAUGAGAUGGUCGCACAUCUUGGUGACUUUGGUUUGGCUAAAUUUCUUUCAGGGGACGUUAAUAGCUCUGCAAAUCAGUCCAACUCUAUCGGUUUCAGGGGAACUAUUGGCCAUGCUCCUCCAGAAUACGGUUUGGGAAAUGAAGCAUCUACUCACGGCGAUGUCUAUAGUUUUGGAAUUUUGUUAAUGGAAUUGUUUACCGGAAAGAGGCCUACUAAUGAAAUGUUUAAAGGGGGUAUGAACCUCCAUACCUUUGUGAAAGCAGCUCUUCCUGAAGGGGUGACCGAAAUUUUAGAUAAUCUUUUUCUUUUUUAG